AGUAAGAGAAUUUUUUUUUCUUCACCAAAAUUUGACGACGAUGAACAAGGGCAGAACACAACGCCUUCUGGGUUAUCUCCUCAUGAUUUUCUGUCUUGAUCCAUCGCCGAUCAGAUCACGAGAAAGGGACACAAUACAUGUACCUCUGGGAACCAGCUGUAACACUACGGACUUCCGGGUUGACCCAGACACUGUCUUUAAUACACGUUCUCAUUUGUCCGACGAUGGCCAGACGUUCGUUGACUGCGAGGUCUUAUUCACAUCAUCACGAGUAGAUGGCAGAUUGUGCGUCAUGCAGGACGGUCCGGUCAACGUCAUCAAAGACUCCAAUGUGGAAAUGAUCGUUAAAGAAAACACAAAGACUGUCUUCGAACUGAAGUACUACCCAAGUAGCUGGCUGCUCAGAGAGUACUGCACAAAAUCUGCUUCUCUGAGUGUGGCUCUCAAGAAGAUCAACAAAAGAGUCAAAGUUAACGUAAAGAAACUGGAGAUAACUUUAAAGAUCGUAAAUAUAGAGAGUAGAUAUCGUACUCUCUACUUCAACUACAUCUCAUGCAGUAAUUCAUAUCCGCUCCGCCACAGCUGGGUUAGUGUGUACAAUCGUUCUCCACAUUCCCCGGAGACGAUAGAGUACUGCGGCCUGAAGGUGGAGAAAGAAGCCGAUAACAACGGGAGUAUUUGCUUGGUGUACAAACCACUUCUUCACUCGCAGCGUCAAGACAUGGCAUGGAACUUUUACGUGUCAACAAAACCCUUCGAUCUCGACCCGAAUUUCUUCAUCUACCAACUGGCCUGGAACAGUUCUCAAGCGAGGGAGCUGCACGCCUGGUGUGCCGACCCAGCAAUCGGUUCAGUGACGCUGAUAUUCCACAGGAUCAACACGACGAAUGAACAGCAGGACAUGUUUGUGUUCACGCUGACCGAUCACGAAGGAUCAAACGAAACCCUGUUA